CGCUCUUUAACCUAGCAUUUUUUUUAUUUUUUAUUACAGGUUUAAGGCCGUUUAACCUAGUUAGUUAGUUAAGUUAGCUCAAGCUGUUUUCUCUAACCUAUUAAAAUUGGAUUGAAAAUUUGCUUCUCGGAGCUCGGUCUUAGUUACUAGGCAAAAACUUAUUGGUGGUAUUGAUUAUUACUUAUUGGUAUUAAUCUAUUUCGACUGACCAAAGUUUUUGCCGUAUGAAGUUACUCGUUUCAUACUUUUUUAACUAAACAAUACAACCAAAAAAAAAAAAAAAAAAAAAAAAAAAACUAAACAAUACAAAAUCAAAACUUGGAUUUUUACUCAUUAUUGAAAUGUGUCUGUUCUCCUUCCUAUUUCUCAUUGAAACUACUUGCAAAACAAUUCAACAUUGGGGCACUUGAGGCAGUGAGGUCGAAAACACCAUAAUCCUUCUGGACUUACUCUAGAGCUUUGUACAUAAAUACAACAUAUAUAACCUUGCACAUAUAUGAGUAGUAAAUCAUUCCGAUUCAACAAGAGCACAAUGGCUAAUCUUAGCUCAAAUAAGAUUUGAUAAGAGGAGGAUAAAUCAUAACGUAAAAUAGUAUACACGACUAUUAAUUUCCACGUAAAAAAAUAGUCUAAACAUCUAAUCUCUCCAACAAAUUAAAAGCAUAGCAUUGCAUUACAUAACAUACUUUGACAUAACUGAAAUUUACAGCAGCAAAAGAAUGAUAAGAGCCGCGUAUUUCAGACCUGAGUACAAUCAUUACUCCCUCUAUUCUCCAAUUAAUCAUGCAAAUUUGUUUCGUACUUUCGCUCUCAAUCCUAAUGACCCAUCAAAUUUUCAAAAAAUAAUUUUUUUUUUCAUAAAACUUUUCUUUUUUACAGGGUUUUGAAUUGAAAAACAAUGCCAAAACUGAACAGUCACAUUCAUUAGUACAGUUAGUUUCCACAAAUCUCUCUCCCACUUUUUUUCCCUCCUUCUUCCUCUGUUUUUUGUUUUUUUUUUCCAUUACUUUCACUUUCAAACAUUUACUAAUAAUAUUAAUAUUCACUGUAAUAGUAAUAAUACUGUACUAAGUACAUAAAUCUUCCUUGUACAAACCCCUCCAAAACCCUAGUUUCUUGGGUUUUUUUAAAGCUCCCAUUUUUCUCUCAAAUUCAACCAGCAAAAUUAGAAAAACCCAUCUAUUUUCCCCUGUUAAUUUUACAGAGUCCCCUGUUUUUUCAUACCAAAAACAGUGGAUUUUUUUUAUUUAAAAUUCCAUGAAAUGAGUGAAAACAAAGAAGAGAGAGAAAAUUCCCCACAUCAUCAGAAAGAAGAGAGAGAUUCAGCAACAACCCAGAAAAUCAGGGGACCUCCUCCACCUCCUCUGUUUCUUCCUUCAAGCUUUGAUUUUGAGCAAUCAAAAAGGCCAAGAUAUGUUCAUCAUCAUCAAUGGAAGCAACAAAGCCCAUUGGGCCUUCAAAACCCAGAAUCAAGCCCAUCUCCUUCAAACCCACAAGCCCAAUUAACUUCCCCUGAUUCAUCUUCUUCACCUUCACUUUCUCCAAUACCAUCUUCAACUGGUCAAGAACUCACUAACAAACAAGAAAACCAACAACAACAGCAGCAGCAGUUUAGGAAAGGGAAGUAUGUAAGUCCAGUUUGGAAACCCCAUGAAAUGCUUUGGCUAGCUAAGGCUUGGAGGGCUCAGUACCAAGGGGAUGGUUCGGGUUUAGGUUCCGGUUCCGGUUUCGGGUAUGACAGUGUAGGAGGAAGUGGAGGGAGAGGGAAAACAAGAGCUGAAAAAGAUAGAGAAGUGGCAGAAUUCUUAAACAAGUAUGGAGUAAAUAGGGAUGCAAAAACAGCAGGGACAAAGUGGGACAAUAUGUUGGGAGAGUUUAGGAAGGUUUAUGAAUGGGAAAGAGGUAGUGAAAGAGAACAAGUUGGAAAGAGUUAUUUUAGACUUUCACCUUAUGAAAGAAAGAUUCAUAGAUUACCUGCUUCUUUUGAUGAAGAAGUUUUUGAAGAAUUGUCUCAAUUUAUGGGCCCUAAAAUGAGACAUUCUUCUCAUCUUACUUCUCUUCAAACUUGUUCUAGAUCAUUUUCUACUAGUACUACUACUACUAAUCCUUGUGAUUUUAGUCUUAAAGCUUUGACUCUUCCUCACCCUUUUAGGGAUGAUAGUUUUCCUCUUUCUAGCAUGUUUUCAGAAAGGGCAAGGCAAAUGCAAUCUUACUUGAUGCAUAACCCAAGGAAUCCCUUCCUUGGGUUCGAGCCACAUUCUUCGUCAAACGUAGGAAUGUCGCCGUUGUCUACGACGAGUGGAUCGCCGAGAGUCGAGCUCCGAAGAAUCGGAAGAAUGAGGAUGAUAUGGGAAGAGUGGGUGAGCUUGUGGGCGGAAGAAGGUGAGUACCAUAGAGGGAGAGUAAAGGUACAAGGGUCUAACAAUUUGUUGAAUGCAGAUGAACUUAUUUACUUUGAUGAUUCUAUGGUGGCUUCCUCUUUGGAAGCCUUCGAAGAUGGCCCCCUCAAGGGCUUCUCCGUCGACCGGUUCGCCCCUGGUCAGCAGCUCAAGGUGUUAGGAAGACGAAAGCACUCCUCUUCGCCUUUGCCUUCUAUGUCAUCAGCCGAUUUUAAUGAGAGACUUCCCUUUGCAAUAGCAGCUGAACCCUCUAUAAGAUGGGAGUUCCAAGACCCUACAGAGUAUUAUCUUGGCUGUCUAAGAUCACCACCGACAACACUACCAACAUUGCUUGAGCUCUCAUGGUACAUACAAGAGCCUCCACCGGAGGAGUUUCGGCUUCCCAUUCGCAAGGACAUAUACCGCGAUUUGCCUCAAGGGAGAGAGCUCUUCUUCACCACAUCCUCGAACGAGCCACUAGAUUGUAAAUCAUUCACUAUUGACAUCCUUAGCUCGCUCAUCCGAUCAAUCCCGAGCAUAACCGCCUCAACUUCAUCAAGCCGGGACUCCUACAUUUCCUUAUGGGAUGAUUGCAUCAACCGAGUGGUAUCAAAAUUUUGUCCAUCUGAGAUGGUCUUUACAAGAAAACAACUCACCAAGGCAACAUCUUCCGAGUCUUUUCGAGAUCAAUGGCCGAAUUUAACAGGCAUGGUUAAGAAUCUUUGUUUAUGGAGAGGUGAGGAAAUUGAUCAAAUUAGAGAAUCACAACCUUUUAUUGAUCCUUCUUCCACUAUUACACAAAAAAUUUCAUGGACCUACAAUGACCUUCCUUAUGUGUUAGGGUACUAUGCCCUUGGGCAUAAUGUCACAUUUUGUGCAUUAAGCCCACCCUCACCCUCACCUUCAUCAUCUCAAGACUCGCAAAUAACCCGAACCGACCUCUACUCCUUAGACCUAACAAACCCUUCAGAGCGAGUCAAGUUACUAGUCCCAUGUUGGAGAAUUGGCAUCUUAUUAGCCUCUUUAGCCGAGAGGUGCACCAAGAAUGGUUGUCAAAGUGACUAUGAACGACAUGAUCAAGGCGAUGGAAACAUAAUUGAAAUGACAACAACGACGACGACAAGAUUCUACCCUAGCAAACGAAGAUGGCAAACAACCAAGGAAAUCUACUCGGUCCUAGACCAACGAGUAGUCCCACACGCGGAGCACAUGAUCUCCUACGACGAAGAAGAAUUAGCCCUUGUGUUCAAGCCAAGAGGAAUAAAAACAAAGCCAAAAAACACACAACAACUAGUAUUAGCCCUAAAACAAGUAGCAAAAGCACUAGUAGCGUUACAUGACCUAAGUUUCAUGCAUAGAGACUUGUCAUGGGAAAAAGUCCUAAUGAUGUCAAAGGCGGAGGAGUGGUUCGUGGCAGGGUUCGAGGAGGCGGUAGGGGCACCCCAGAUAAAUCCAUAUAACGUAAUAACGAUGACAGCGGUGGCGCCGGAGAUGGGGAGAGGAGUGCAUGGAGUGAAAGUAGAUGUGUAUGGAAUAGGGAAUUUGAUAAAGACAAGUGAAGUGAAAUCAGAAGGAAUAGUUGGAAAACAGCUUAUAGAGUUGGAAGGAAAAUGCAUGGAGCAAAACCCAGAACAACGACCAACAGCAGCUGACUGUUACCAUCACUUGUUGCAGAUUCAGUCGUCGCUUUCAUCCGCCGCCUCUGCUCGUUGCAAUUGAUUUCUGCAUUCUGCUGCAACAAAUUUAAUUCAAAAUUACAGGUCUUUUUUUUUAGAGUAUUUUUCAUUUUAAUUUAUUGAUAUCUAUAUUUGGGGAAAAAUGUUUAUGUGGGUUUGUGCCAUUUGUCAGGGUAUGUGGUAGAAAGAGGAAAUACUCCUAUAAAAAUGACUGUUCAUUGUUGGGGGUAUUUAGGGUACUUUUUUUAUGCUAGGUUUUUUUUUUUUUUUUUUUUUUUUUUUUUUUUUUUUUUGAGGGGUUUUCUUGAGAAAUUUAUUGGGAUACCCUAUUUUCCAAAAAAGAAAAAAAAGGGGGAAUUAUUGGGUGGUAAUUAAUUGGAUAAUUGAAGCUAGAAAUUAAGUGUAGGAGAAAUGAUGUGAGUCAGUGAUUGUGACUGUUCAGUAAGGAAUUUUUUUUGGUAAUUAUUACUCUACUAAUUUGUGAAUCAAUAUAUGUGUUCUACCAAUUUGGGAUAGACUGGUUAAUUAACUUCAUUAUUACUACUCAUUUGGAUUAUUACUACUUGUGUGUCAAUUGACUUGUUUUCUCUUGUUCAUUUUUUUGGUUUGGGAUGUGUCUUUUAUUUGAGAAUGUGUUCUGUACUUUGCUUUUUAGAUUACUCCUAUUGUUUCUUAAUUAAGUGCCUUGAGCCUUUUUUUUUUAGCGAGUGCGGAGUUAAAUACUAGUCUAAGAGAGAUCUAUCAAACCUAGAAGUUAAAAAGUAAUAUUAGGUUAGAAAUUAGAUCGAAGCUAAUCGUCACAGCAUUAUCUUGAGAUACAUUAUACGAAUUAUGUUGACUUGGAUGUGAUCAAUUAAUUCAAGACG